AUGUCCGUCCAAGAGAGAUUGCGCGUUUGCCGCAGCAAGCCGAGAGUCUUCAUCCUCACCGAUAUUACCAACGAACCAGAUGAUUCCGAGUCCCUCGUACGCUACCUGCUUUACAGCAACGAAUUCGACACGAGGGGCAUCGUGGCUUGCACGUCGACGCACAUGAAGUCCCGCGUGGCGCCGGACGAGAUUAGAAACAUAUUAUCCGGCUACAAGGAUGUCGUCGACAACCUGAACGCCCAUGCGCACCCUGACAAUCAAUAUCCGGACGUGCAAGCCCUUCUUGAUAUGACAAAGAGUGGUCCGGCGGUCUACGGCCAAUUGGCUCUGCAGCAGCCGCUCAGUCAAGGGUCGAAACUCCUCAUCGAUCGUGUCGACGAGUCAACGGAGCCUCUGUGGGUUUUGUGCUGGGGUGGUGCGAAUCCGCUUGCGCAGGCCGUUGCCCACAUCGACAAGACCCGGAGCGCCGCGGACAGCUCUGAGUUCCGGUCGAGGCUCAGGGUGUACGCCAUCUCCGAUCAGGAUGACAGCGGGCCCUGGCUUAGAGUAAGGUACCCUGAAAUAUUUUACAUCUGCUCCGUUCACGGCUGGUGCCAGUACUCCUGCGCGGCGUGGACGGGCAUCUCGGGGCAUACUGAUGUCGGUGGUUCUGACCCGACCCAAUUUACCAGCGAGUGGCUCAAGAAGAACAUUCAGAUUGGCCCUCUGGGAAACAAGUACCCCGACGCCAAGUUCAUAGUUGAGGGCGACACGCCCACCUUCUUGUAUCUCAUUCAAAACGGUCUCGGCUCUCCUGAGCACCCGCACUGGGGAAGCUGGGGCGGCCGAUACAUGUAUUAUGACCCAUCCAUGGCGGCGAAGCACUUUGCAGACGCGGUCGACACCGUCACUGGAAAGGACGGGAGGUCAUACUCGACGAACUACGCCACCAUAUGGCGAUGGCGAGAGGCUUUCCAGAACGAUUUCGCGGCCCGUAUGCAAUGGAGCCUGACCGACAAACUCGGCGCGGCAAAUCACGCUCCCGUUGCCAUCGUCAAUGACAGCACCGCCGGUCCGGAACCUCUCCUAGUAGAGAUAGAAGCCGGGCAGAAGCUUGUUCUGGACGCUUCACGGAGUUAUGAUCCGGACGGCGAUGCCAUGACCUUCCGUUGGUUUCAGUACAGGGAGGUCACCGGUGUCACAGGUCUUCUGCCACCCAUGAUUCCGGACUUGGACAUCGCCAAUGUCGACAGCGAGGUUCCCGGGAAGCGAGUUGAGGUGCAGAUACCACCUCCGCAGGUAAGCUGUCUCGAACAGCUCAGUGGAAAGCCAGUAGAAAACGGACAUGAGUAUCACAUCAUCCUGGAGUUGAAGGACAACGGAACACCUUGUCUGACGACGUACAAGAGAGUUGUCAUCCAGACGAAGAACCCGCAGCUUCUUGGUGGAAGAGAAACCGUGGUGGAGACAAAUGCAGAGUGGCUGCUCUUAGAUGAGCGCUCUUUGAAAUAA